AUGAGGCCAUUGACAGUCUCCCUCGCUUUAACGGCAGCCUUUGCAUCGGCAUCGGCAGUACCACGAGCAUCCAACCAAUCUCCAACAGUACAAGCUCCAGCGGGCACCAUAACUGGAUCACUUAUUGACAGCGUUGAAUACUUUCGAGGUAUUCCGUACGCGGAACCACCAGUCGGCAACCUUCGAUUAAGAGGUCCCGUCAGAGCGCAGCCACAAAGCCUCAUCCAAGCGACUGGUGUUGGCCCAGCAUGCCCGCAAAUGACUAACUCCGUGGUGACACCCUUGCUUGGGCAGGUUAUCUCCGACCCUGAGGUGGCUGGACCUCUUUUCUUGGGAAGCGCAUUUGACAACGGCCAAGAGGACUGUCUCACUAUUUCAGUUAUGCGGCCCGAGAAUACUCCCGCUGACGCAAAGCUCCCUGUUUUAUACUGGAUGCACGGUGGCGGAUUCGCAAUCGGCAGUUCACAAGCUUACAACGGAUCCGUCAUCGUUCCUCGUGCUGCACAACAAGGCAAGCCAUUCAUUUUGGUGGCCGUCAACUAUCGUCUAGGAGCGUUCGGUUUCCUAGGCGGCGCUGAGGUUCUUGCCGAAAACUCGACAAAUCUGGGACUUCUUGAUCAAAGAAUGGGCUUGGAAUGGAUUGCAGACAACAUUGCCUCGUUCGGCGGAGAUCCGGAUGCAGUCACCAUCUCUGGAGAAAGCGCUGGUUCUAUUAGCGUUUUUGACCAGAUGGCGUUAUACAAUGGGGACAAUACCUAUGGCGGACGACCCCUUUUCCGCGGAGCAAUUAUGCACAGCGGAAGUAUUCAAACACGAGAGCCUGUUGACGGCCCCAGUGCGCAGAAAGUAUUCGAUACGGUAGUAGCAGCCGCCAACUGCUCUUCUGAGACGGACAAGCUUGAGUGCUUAAGAACUGUCGACUAUGACACGUUCUGGCAGGCCUCGAUGAGCGUGCCCUCCUUCUUGAGUAACAGUUCUAUCGCUUUGAGUUAUACGCCGCGCCAAGAUGGGAAAAUCCUUACGGGCAGCACAGAUGCGUUGGCCAAACAAGGAAGGUUUGCGCAGGUGCCGAUGAUAAUUGGCGAUGUGAAAGACGAGGGUACAAUUUUCUCACUCUUCCCGGUUGGCAUUACCAACCAAGAUGAACUUGUCUCAUAUCUUUCAAGCUUCAUUUACAAGCAUGCUUCGCGCAAGGAGAUCACCAGACUACUGAAUACCUACCCAACCGAUGGGGACAGCAGCACUUAUCCCGGGUUCACUCAGCUUGCUGGAAUGCUAGGCGAUGCCUUCUUCACAAUGAAGAGAAGGGAACUUCUUGACUGUCUCCCAGCGAAGGUUCCAGCUUGGUCAUUCUUAGGGAACUGGCUGCCAGACACUCCCAUUGUCAAGACAUUCCAUACAUCUGACGUGCCACGGCUUUUCUAUUACACCGACUCCACGAGUAAAUUUAUCCAAGAUAGAUAUUUCUCAUUUAUCACCUCCGCCAACCCCAAUGAUGGCGAUAAGACCCUCCCAUAUUGGCCUAGUUGGCAUACAAGCCGGCAAUCCUUGGAAUUUGGAGCCAGCGAAGCUACGAUUAUCCCCGAUAACUUUAGGAAGGGGAGUUACGAGUUCAUCAAGUCCCAUAAAGCUGCUUUUCAGCUGUAA